GGAUUGUGCCCAGACUAGGAAGGUGUCAAGUCUGAGAAAGAAACUUAUUGAAACAUCUCUGAGGCUGUUGAAUCACGUGGACAGUUCAUCUUGUAUAAACCCACACCAUCUUGUGCCCAGCUCAGCCUGGCACCAUGGAGAUCAUCUUGUUCGCUCUUCUGCUGAGCGCCACAGCAGCCUCACAGCUGGAAGAUGAUGAUAAGAUAAUAGGUGGCUAUGAGUGCUCGCCCCACUCCCAGCCCUGGCAGGUCUAUUUCACAUAUGGCUCUGGCAACGGCUGGUGUGGGGGGUCACUCAUCAAUGAGUGGUGGAUCAUCUCAGCAGCUCAUUGCUACUUAAGGCCCAGUACCCUGGUGGCUCAUCUCGGGGAGCAUGACACCAGUGCAGACGAGGGCACUGAGCAGCAUAUCCAGGUGGCCAAAGCCAUCCAGUUCCCCCAGUACCACCAAUACAGCGCGGAUAAUGACAUCAUGCUGGUGAAGCUAGCCCAACCAGCCCGGUUCGGUGCCUACGUGCAGCCCAUCCCCAUCUCCAAGAGCUGCCCUGUGGCAGGGACGAAGUGCCUGGUCUCUGGCUGGGGGAACAUCCUGACAUCUGGGGUUCAGUACCCGGAUGUCCUACAAUGUCUGAAUGUGCCCAUCCUCUCUGACUCUGCCUGCCGUGCCGCCUACCCCGGUCGCAUCACCAAGAAUAUGUUCUGUGCUGGCUACAUGGAAGGGGGCAAGGACUCUUGCCAGGGAGACUCCGGUGGGCCAGUGGUCUAUAAUGGAGAGCUGAUGGGGGUGGUGUCCUGGGGCAUCGGCUGUGCCCAGAAGAACCACCCUGGCGUCUAUGCCACAGUGUGUAACUACGUAUCCUGGAUUGAGGAGGUCAUCGCCAACAACUGACAUGCGCAACUGUAGAGUACCUCUCCUGGCAGAGAGGCUGUGUUCAGACCUCCCCAUCCCGCUUUGCCUGCUGCCUGGAUAAAAGUGAUUGAAACCUUCUCAGUAAAACAGGGGGGCUGCCGUGACACCAGGAAACCCAGUAGGGAAGACCCAAGAUGCUUAUGAGAGGAGCAUCAAA